AUGACAAGCCCUAGCUACAAACGAUCGUCCACCAUCGCCGACGAUUACUUCCUUCAACCUCCAAAGGAGACUUUGACAAGUGGGAAGACGUCAAUCACCAUCAAGAUGCCUACCGAAGCCGGCCACAGAUUAUACGUCAAGGGACGCCACCUGAGCUACCAGCGUAGCCGUCACACCAACCGUCCCGAGACCAGUUUGAUCAAGAUCGAGGGUGUUGAUGACACCAACGCCGCCAACUUCUACCUCGGCAAGAAGGUCGCAUACGUUUACCGGGCGCAGAAGGAGGUCCGCGGCACCAAGAUCCGGGUCAUCUGGGGCAAGGUCACUAGGCCUCACGGCAACUCGGGCGUCGUCCGCGCCAAGUUCACCACCCCUCUCCCCACACGAUCUUUCGGCGCUUCCGUCCGCAUCAUGCUUUACCCCUCGUCGAUAUAA